AUGGCGGCUCCAAAUUACACUAUCGCCCCUGUUUUGGAAUCCGACCUUCCAUUUUUGGCCAAUUUCCUUCACGUCGCUAAAUUAAGCCUGAGUAUCAAUCGUCUCAUCUUCAAGGACUGGCCAAACGAUGCCGUCCAAAUGCAAAUGUAUACUGGUGCUGUCAGAGGUGGAUUUUCCGAUCCGUCGAUGGAGAGUUUCAAAGCAGUUGAUUCCGAUUCCGACGAAAUCAUUGGCUAUUUUGCCCUUGCACGGAAGCAACCAGUUGAAGAGACAUCAGUCGACGCAGAGAAUAAGGACUCCAAUCAAGUCAUUCCUGACGGACUGAAUCCUGGUCUCUUUGAAGAGGUGGUGAAGGCGACCGAUCAAAUUUCCAAGAAGGUAGAAGCGAUGGAUCGAUUUGAGCUUGUCUACAUGUGUGUCAAGCCAUCCUGUCAGCGUAAUGGAAUUGGCUCCAAGCUGGUCCAAUUAGGCUUUGAUCGGGCCAAGGCCGAAGGCAUCCCACUGGCCGUCUGUGCCGAAGCACCAGCGUAUGGGUUUUUUGUCAAGCUAGGCUUCAAAGACACAACUCACUGUGAUAUGGAUAUUCGAAGAUAUGCACCUGCUAACAGCGGGUUUGGAAUAUUCCGACUUAGUGGAAUGAUAUGGCGGCCCUGA